AUGGCCUCCCCGUUCUCCUCCGCGUGCCUCCCGUUCAACCAUUCCCAUUCCCGCUUCCCUCUCUUCCUCGCCUUCCCUCUUUCCCUCUCUUCUCUCCCUUCCCGCGGUUCCCUCUCUUCCCUCCCUUCCCUCGUUCCCUCUCUGCCCUCCCUUCCAUUGUUUCCCUCUCUUCCCUCCCUUCCCUCGUUUCCCUCUCUUCCCUCCUUCCCUCGUUUCCCUCUCUUCCCUCCCUCCCCUCGGUUCCCUCACUAUCCUCACUUCCCUCGAUUCCCUCUCUUCCUCCCCUUCCCUCGUUUCCCUCUCUUCCUCGCCUUCCCUCGUUUCCCUCUCUUCUCUCCCUUCCCGCGGUUCCCUCUCUUCCCUCCCUUCCCUCGUUUCCCUCUCUUCCCUCCUUCCCACGGUUCCCUCUCUUCCCUCCCUCCCCUCGGUUCCCUCACUAUCCUCCCUUCCCUCGAUUCCCUCUCUUCCUCCCCUUCCCUCGUUUCCCUCUCUUCCUCGCCUUCCCUCGUUUCCCUCUCUUCUCUCCCUUCCCGUGGUUCCCUCUCUUCCCUCCCUUCCCUCGUUUCCCUCUCUUCCCUCCUUCCCUCGGUUCCCUCUCUUCCCUCCCUCCCCUCGGUUCCCUCACUAUCCUCCCUUCCCUCGAUUCCCUCUCUUCCUCCCCUUCCCUCGUUUCCAUCUCUUCCUCGCCUUCCCUCGUUUCCCUCUCUUCCCUCCCUUCCCUCGCUUCCCUCUCUUCCCUCCCCUCCCUCGUUUCCCUCUCUUGCUCCCCUUCCCUUGUUUCCCUCUCUUCCCUCCCUCCCCUCGGUUCCCUCACUAACCUCCCUUCCUUCGAUUCCCUCACUUCCUCCCCUUCCCUCGUUUCCCUCUCUUCCCUCCCUUCCCUCGUUCCCUCUCUGUCCUCCCUUCCCUUGUUUCCCUCUCUUCCCUCCCUUCCCUCGUUUCCCUCUCUUCCCUCCCUUCCCCCAUUUCCCUCUCUUCCCUCCCUCCCCUCGGUUCCCUCACUAUCCUCCCUUCCCCGUUUCCCUCUCUUCUGUCCCUUCCCCCAUUUCCCUCUCUUCCUCGCCUUCCCUCGUUUCCCCUCUCUUCUGUCCCAUCCCUCGUUUCCAUCUCUUCCUUGCCUUCCCUCGUUUCCCCUCUCUUCCCUCUAUUCCCUCGUUUCCCUCUCUUCCCUCCCUUCCUUCGUUUCCCUCUCUUCCCUCCCUUCCCUCGUUUCCCUCUCUUCCCUCCAUUCCCUCGUUUCCCUCUCUUCCCUCCCUUCCCUCGUUUCCCUCUCUUCCCUCCCUUCCCCGUUUCCCUCUCUUCUGUCCCAUCCCUAGUUUCCCUCUCUUCCUUGCCUUCCCUCGUUUCCCCUCUCUUCCAUCUCUUCCCUCGUUUCCCUCUCUUCCCUCCCUUCCCUUGUUUCCCUCUCUUCCCUCCCUUCCCUCGGUUCCCUCUCUUCCCUCCCUUCCCUCGUUGCCCUGUCGUCCCUCCCUUCCCUUGUUUCCCUCUCUUCCCUCCCUUCCCUCGUUUCCCUCUCUUCCCUCCCUUCCCUCGUUUCCCUCUCUUCCCUCUGGUUCCCUCCCCUCCCUCCUUUCCCUCCAACCCCUCCCUUCUCCCCCUUCUCCCCAUUCCCUCCCUUCUCUCCCUGCUUGCAUUCAGAAUCUCUCCUUUUCCUCCCUCCCCUCCCGUCUCUCCCUUCCCUCCCUUCUCUCCCUUCCCUCCCUUCUCUCUCUUCCCUCCCUUCCCUCCCUUGCCUCCCUUCCCUCCCUUCCCUCCCUUCCCUCCCUUCCCUCCCAAAACUCCCUUCCCUCUCUUCCCUCCUUCCCUCGGUUCCCUCUCUUCCCUCCCUCCCCUCGGUUCCCUCACUAUCCUCCCUUCCCUCGAUUCCCUCUCUUCCUCCCCUUCCCUCGUUUCCCUCUCUUCCUCGCCUUCCCUCGUUUCCCUCUCUUCUCUCCCUUCCCGCGGUUCCCUCUCUUCCCUCCCUUCCCUCGUUUCCCUCUCUUCCCUCCCUUCCCUCGUUUCCCUCUCUUCCCUCUGGUUCCCUCUCCUCCCUCCUUUCCCUCCAACCCCUCCCUUCUCCCCCUUCUCCCCAUUCCCUCCCUUCUCUCCCUGCUUGCAUUCAGAAUCUCUCCUUUUCCUCCCUCCCCUCCCGUCUCUCCCUUCCCUCCCUUCUCUCCCUUCCCUCCCUUCUCUCUCUUCCCUCCCUUCCCUCCCUUCCCUCCCUUCCCUCCCAAAACUCCCUUCCCUCCCUUCCCUCCCUUCCCUCCCUUCCCUUCCUUCCCUCUUACCCUCUCUUCCCUCCCUUAUCAACCUUCCCUUUCUUCCCUCUCUUUCCUCCCUUCCCUCCCCUCCCUCCCUUCCCCCUCUUCCCUCCCUGCGAUCUCUUUCUUCUCUUCUCCCCCCCCCCCCCCCCCCCCCCCCCCCCCCCCCCCCCCCCCCCCCCCCCCCCCACCUUCUCCUCCAUCCCUCAGCACGGCCCCCAUCAGCGCCAAAAAUUUAGGGCCGCCCCUUGUCCAUCACCCUUUGGUUCAUAAUAUCCCGCCUCCUCCAUCUCCCUUCCCCGCCUCCCCUCCUCCCGUUCCUCUCAGGCACUUUCUGCCCUUCAGUCCCACCUCUUCAUCCUCACCCCUCCACUUCGCCUACCCAUCUCCUCAAGCCCUCUAA